UGGUUGACGCGACGUCGACACGGCCGUUUGUAUCUAACCUGCCUGACAAGUGUUAUUGUGAAUGUGAAUAUCAGUGCUGAAGAUUGAAAACCGUUCUAACGGUUAUUGUUAGCUAGCUAGUUUUGUUACAUUAUUCUUACAUAUUUUAACAUCUCUGACAAGCUAUUGUCCGUGGACGAUCCUGAUGGCGGUUGUGAGGAGUAUGAACAAAAUGUAUGGAGUAUGUUUCCAUGUUGUUCGUCAGACGGCAGGACUGAAGGCAUCGAGGCUGCUUCAACAUAGAGCCUUCAGAGUCAGUGUUGUGCAGGGGCAGCAGCCCUUUGACUCGACACUGGAAAAGCCCCAGUUCCCCGGAGCCUCAGCAGAGUUUGUGGAUACGCUUGAUUUCAUCCAGCCCAACGUAAUCUCUGGGAUCCCAGUGUAUCGGGUGAUGGACAGACAGGGAAACAUCAUCAACCCCACUCAAGACCCUCAGCUCUCCAAAGAGACAGUUUUGAACUUUUACCAGAAGAUGACUCUGCUGAACACAAUGGACCGCAUUCUGUAUGAGUCCCAGAGACAGGGUCGCAUCUCCUUCUACAUGACCAACUAUGGUGAGGAGGGGACACAUAUUGGUAGUGCUGCUGCUCUUGACCCAAGAGACCUGGUCUUCGGUCAAUACAGAGAAGCUGGAGUGCUGAUGUACCGGGGUUUCCCUUUGGAUUUGUUCAUGGCUCAGUGCUACGCCAACGCCGAUGACCUGGGCAAGGGCCGGCAGAUGCCUGUGCACUACGGCAGCAAAGAUCUGAACUUUGUCACCAUCUCCUCUCCUCUGGCUACUCAGAUUCCCCAGGCGGCUGGAGCUGCAUAUGCUGUCAAGAGAGAAAACAUGAAUCGGGCCGUGAUCUGUUAUUUCGGAGAGGGCGCGGCCAGCGAAGGGGACGCACACGCCGGCUUCAACUUCUCUGCCACGCUGGAGUGCCCACUGAUAUUCUUCUGUCGUAACAAUGGCUACGCCAUCUCCACCCCCACCAACGAGCAGUACAGGGGAGAUGGCAUUGCUGCUCGUGGUCCAGGGUACGGCAUGCUGUCCAUCCGCGUCGAUGGUAACGAUGUGUUUGCCGUGUACAAUGCCACGAAAGAGGCACGCCGCAGAGCCGUGGCUGAGAACCAGCCCUUCCUCAUCGAGGCAAUGACCUACAGAAUCGGGCACCACAGCACCAGUGACGACAGCUCAGCGUACCGCUCGGUGGACGAGGUGAACUACUGGGACAAGCAGGACCAUCCCAUCUCCCGGCUGAGACACUACAUGACGGCCCGCGGUUGGUGGAGCGAGGACGACGAGAGGAGCUGGCGGAAGCAGUCCCGCAAGACGGUGAUGGAGGCAUUCGAGAGGGCCGAGAAACGCCUGAAGCCCAACCCAGAGCUGAUGUUUACCGACGUGUACCAGGAGAUGACGCCCGGCCUGAACAAGCAGAGAGAAUCCAUGUGGAGGCACGUGAAGCAGUACAAAGAGCACUACCCACUCGACCUGUACGUUAAGUAACUGUGGCAGUGGGUGACCAUUGAGACCAAUACAAAACUGUUACAGCUUUUACUGUAUUCAUACAAAUAUAGUUUUGAUAUGAUGUGUCAUUUCUUUCUGCACAACUGAGGAAGAGAGAUUUAGCUUUCAAAAAUAUUCUCCUUCAUUCCUCUGGGUUUGGUGCCUUAAGUUAAUUGAUUUGUUGUCCGUAGAAGAGCUCUUUACUGAAUAUUCAGUCACUCUAGUUCCCAUGGUUACCACUGUUCUUUUUGCAGAGCAGCAAAAAAAACAGCUGGUGCAGUUUGAAUUCAAAAGAAAGUGACAAAUUGAGCAAUAAUCAGUGGAAUUGUACCCAUGUUGUCUGUUUCCUCUCCAGUGAUCAUGGUAUUUAAAACGUUUCCUUGUGUAUCAUUAAGGUGACUGACAAACUUGUUUUAAAAAAAAAAA